AUGUCUUCACAAGAACCUUACAUCGACAACACCCCCGAGGAGGAUAAUUCUCCUCAGGAGAAAAACUUCGAGGAAAAGAGCGGCUUGCCUACCACCAUCCAUGCAGCUGACGACUUUGAGCAUAAGGUUGCCGAGAAGCUCGGUGACAUCGGCAAUAACACAGCACCGCUUACUGACAUCGAGUAUGUCAUGGACAAGAUCGAGACGCUCAGUGUUGAAGAGUGCAAGGACAUCGUUCGGAAUCUCCUCAAACACCAUGAAUACGACUACAACUUCUCAGACAGUCAACGAAAGAAGCUCGCCGCCUUACUCGAGGGACCAACCGACAAUCAGGCUGCCGAGGAGUGGGAGCUAGAACUCAAGACGGAGGCAGCUAUCAACAAGUUCUUUUCCCCAUAUCCGGAGGUACGCGCCAUCACUACUCCCACGGAUGAUGUUAAUAUCCCGUGUGAGACCAUCCGUGCGCAUUUGCUCGGCUAUAUGUGGGCUGUUAUAGCGCAAUUCACGAACUCGCUGUUCAAUUCACGCUUCCCUGCAAUCACAUUGGGAUCCUCGGUUGCGCAGAUCCUUCUCUAUCCAUGCGGUCUGUUUCUUGCUUGGGUUCUGCCGGACUGGGGCUUCACGAUUCGCGGCCAAAGAAUAUCGCUCAACCCAGGACCAUGGACGUAUAAAGAACAGAUGCUUUCAACCAUCAUCAUCGACGUGGGACUUACAUCCGCCUACUGCUUCUGGAAUAUUCAGACCCAGACGGUCUACUACAAGGACAAAUGGCUGACCCCUGGUUAUGGAAUUCUCCUUCUCCUGUCUACGCAGCUUAUGGGACUUGGGUUCUCCGGUCUGCUACGACGCUUUGUAGUCUAUCCAGUGGAAGCCAUAUGGCCCAAUAUCCUUCCCACUGUGGCACUGAACAGGGCGUUGUUGGUUCCUGAGAAGACUGAAGUGGUACACGGUUGGCGGCUGUCGCGGUACAAGUUCUUCUUCCUCUUCUUCGGGGGCAUGUUCAUUUAUUUCUGGCUGCCCGACUUCAUUUUUCCCGCUCUCAGCUACUUUGCUUGGAUGACCUGGAUUGCUCCGAACAACUUCAACUUGAAUAUAAUCACGGGAUCCUCUGUGGGACUCGGAUUCAAUCCCAUCUCGACAUUCGAUUGGAAUGUGCUCUCCGCAUAUUCGUAUCCCCUUGCAUACCCCUUCUUUGCGUUUUUUCAACAAUUCCUUGGGACUCUUCUCUCUGGGUUGAUCAUUAUUGCCUUAUACUACACCAACACCAACUGGUCGGCAUAUCUCCCCAUCAACUCCUCCGAUAUCUUUGACAACACUGGAAACUCGUACAACAUCACGAGAGUCAUCAGCCCAAAUACCGGAGUUCUCAACGAGACUGCAUACAAAGAAUACUCACCGGCAUUCUAUAGUGCUGGAAAUCUCGUCGUCUAUGGCGCCUUCUUCGCCUUUUACCCGCUCACAAUGGUAUUUAUCCUUCUCGACGCUUGGAGGCCGCUCCUCAAAGCCUACAAGUCCAUGACGAACGCGGCUAUUUCGACGACAAAGAGGAUUCUGAGCUCCAUCUAUGACGGUUUUGACGACCCGCUUACCAACCUUAUGCGCAGCUAUCCCGAAGUCCCCGACUGGUGGUUCUUGAUCAUUGCACUUGUUGCUUUCAUCUUUGCAAUCAUCAUCGUGACUCACUGGCCGCAGCUCAACACACCUGUCUGGACAGUCUUCUUCGUCAUCGGUCUCAACUUGGUGUUCCUUAUCCCAAUGUCGUACCUCUAUUCGAUUUCGGGAACGACUGAAGGCUUGAACGUCGUCACGGAACUAAUCAUUGGCUAUGCUCUGCCCGGACAUCCGGAAGCUCUGAUGUUCGUCAAAGCAUUCGGUUACAACAUCAACGGCCAAGCCGACAAUUAUAUCUCCGACCAAAAAAUGGGCUUCUAUGCCAAAGUGCCUCCACGCGCCAUGUAUCGUGGCCAGGUUCUUAGCGCAAUCAUCACGGCGUUUGUGGCGUAUGGAGUCGUCCAGUUCGCCGACACACAGAUACCGGGCAUUUGCACUCCAGACCAGGUUUCCAGUUUCAAUUGCGAGAACGGCUCACAAGUAUACUUCUCGGCCUCUGUUGUUUGGGGUGCCAUCGGUCCCAAGAGAAUCUUCAGUCAGAUCUAUCCCGCCAUUAAGUAUACAUUCCUCCUGGGCUUCCUUCUCGCACUCGUCUGGUGGGGCCUGAAGCGCUUUGGAUCAUAUAUUCGGGCUGCGUCUCAAGCUGCGUUACCUGCCUUUAUUCACAGACCAAUCGAUGUCGUCGUCUUCACGCCUAUUUCGUGGCUCAAGCAUGUCCAUCCUUCCCUCGUCUUCAACGGCAUGCUCCUGUGGGCACCUCUGAACCUCACAUAUUUUACUGGUGGCCUCUACUUCUCUUUUGCAUUCAUGUACUACCUCAGGAGGUACAAGACGGCCUGGUGGGAGAAAUACAACUACGUCUUGUCAGCAGCACUCACUGGUGGCGUUGCGUUUUCUGGUAUUAUUAUCUUUUUCGCCGUGCAGUAUCAUCCUAAAAACAUUAGCUGGUGGGGCGUUAAUGUCCUCGGGCAGACAAUUGAUGGCGGUGCUGGGCAGCAGACGCUGCUUACUGAAUUGCCGGCAAAGGGUUACUUUGGUCCCGACACUUGGCACUGA